AAGCCACGUAUCACGUGACGAUGACGUCAGUGUAGUUAGAAUCGACCUUGGUUCAGAUCCGUGAAAAAGAAACGAUGUCGAUGUUUCGGACAGUGUCGUCUCGUCUCCUUCGUCAGCACAAGUGCGUGCAUCCAUCUUGCUUUUAUGGAACACAGACUUCAUCAACGACCACUAAUCUUAAGGAGGUGCUGUCAGUUAAAAUCCCGGAGAAACAACAGGAAGUGAUUGCUCUCCGUAAGGAACAUGGAAAAACCAAGGUCGGAGAGGUCACAGUAGACAUGAUGUACGGAGGAAUGAGGGGAAUAAGAGGUCUUGUCACAGAAACAUCGGUCCUUGACCCAGAUGAAGGAAUCCGUUUCCGUGGCUACAGUAUCCCAGAAUGCCAGAAGUUGCUCCCAAAGGCUAAAGGAGGAGAGCAGCCAUUACCUGAAGGAUUGUUCUGGCUACUGGUGACGGGCGACAUUCCAACAGAGCAACAAGUGGAGGCGAUAACUAGGGAAUGGAACGAGCGAUCUCCCCUGCCUAACCACGUCAUCACAAUGUUGAACAACUUCCCACACAAUCUCCACCCUAUGACCCAGUUCAGUGCUGCCAUCACCGUGCUGAACAGCGAGAGUAAAUUUGCAAAGGCGUACUCCGAAGGCGUGAACAAACUCAAGUACUGGGAGUUUGUGUACGAGGACGCCAUGGACCUGAUUGCCAGACUGCCCACCAUCGCAGCCAUCAUUUACAGAAACCUGUAUCGCGCUGGAACAUCCGUAGGAGUCGUAGAUACCAACAAGGACUGGAGCUACAACUUCACUAGCAUGCUGGGAUACGAAGAUCCCGAUUUCACUGAGCUCAUGCGACUUUAUCUCACCAUCCACAGUGACCAUGAAGGGGGAAAUGUCAGUGCUCACACUACUCACCUGAUAGGAAGUGCUCUGUCUGACCCCUACAUCAGCUUCGCAGGGGGAAUGAAUGGACUAGCAGGUCCACUGCACGGACUGGCCAAUCAGGAAGUGCUGGUGUGGCUGACUCAGGUCCAGCAGGAAUUAGGUGACUCCGUUUCCGACGAGAAACUCCGAGACUUUGUGUGGAAUACGCUACAGUCAGGAAAGGUGGUGCCGGGGUACGGGCAUGCGGUUCUGAGGAAGACAGACCCCCGCUACACGUGUCAGAGAGAAUUUGCCCUCGAGAAACUUCCUAACGAUUCCAUGUUUAAACUGGUGUCUCAGCUGUACAAGAUCGUCCCAGAUGUUUUGUUAGAGCAAGGAAAGGCCAAAAACCCAUGGCCCAAUGUCGACGCCCACAGUGGUGUUUUGCUUCAGCACUACACGAUGACAGAGAUGAACUAUUACACAGUCCUGUUCGGAGUCUCGCGAGCUCUCGGCUGCAUGGCCUCCCUAAUCUGGGACCGGGCUCUCGGACUUCCAAUUGAGCGGCCCAAAUCCUUUGACACACCAGCUUUGAAAAAACUAGCCAGUCAGGCAAAGUGAUAGGGACUUAAUUAACAAAUUAGUUAAUUUGGGGGGUUUGUGUGUAUAGACUUGUUAUUACGUUCUUAGUGAUACCGAGCGAGAGAGAAGUAUGGGGGAAUAGAGAAUUCAUUGUGAACCUAUCUCCUGUACUGAGAUGUAAAAUUUCUUCUAUUGAAUGUGUCUUUGUGUAAGAUGUAUUGAAAUAAUGUCACACACCAAACUAAUGCAUAUUUAUUGUGUAGUAAUUGGCAUAUAAUGACCCUCCGACUGUGUGAAUGGUCAAAGUAGUGAUUUGUUUGUUAAUGUCCAUUUGUUGAUUAAGGAUGAGGAUAAAAGUGAAUAUUGACAUCUGUUAUUUUAGUUGAUUUUUUGGUUCAGAGAUAAAUUCAUGCAAAGUUAUUCAACAUAUCAUGGAUAUUUACAUGUAUAUCUCAGGAAGAGGGGGAAAAAUCCUUGUAAAAGUGAAAUAUUCAUGGUAUGUUAAUGUGCCAUCACCAAUCCUAAUUUUGUGCCAUGUGUAAUCUUGUAGCAGAAAUAACACACACCAAUUAUGUAGAAAAGGCUUCAAUUUACUCAUGAAUAUGCAGUUUCCAUUAUGAAUAUGCAGUUUCCAGUAUGAAUAUGCAGUGACUCCCUCUGGUAGCUGUAUUUAUCAAGAUAUAAAAGUCUCAAUGAU